AUGUCACUGUUACACAUCAUCAUCAUCAUCAUCAUCAUUCAUCAUCAUCAUCAUCAUCAUCAUCAUCAUCAUCAUCAUCAUCAUCAUCAUCAUCAUCAUCAAUCAUCAUCAUCAUCAUCAAUCAUCAUCAUCAAUCAUCAUCAUCAUCAUCAUCAUCAAUCAUCAUCAUCAAUCAUCAUCAUCAUCAUCAUCAUCAUCAUCAUCAUCAUCAUCAUCAUCAUCAUCAUCAUCAUCAUCAAUCAUCAUCAUCAAUCAUCAAUCAUCAUCAUCAUCAUCAUCAUCAUCAUCAAUCAUCAUCAUCAAUCAUCAUCAUCAUCAUCAUCAUCAUCAUCAUCAUCAUCAUCUCCAUCAUCAUCAUCAUCAUCAUCAUCAUCAUCAUCAUCAUCAUCAUCAUCAUCAUCAUCAUCAUCAUCAUCAUCAUCAUCAUCAUCAUCAUCAUCAUCAUCAUCAUCAUCAUCAUCAUCAUCAUCAUCAUCAUCAUCAUCAUCAUCAUCAUCAUCAUCAUCCUCAUCAUCAUCAUCAUCAUCAUCAUCAUCAAUCAUCACAUCAUCAUCAUCAAUCAUCAAUCAUCAUCAUCAAUCAUCAAUCAUCAUCAUCAAUCAUCAAUCAUCAUCAUCAAUCAUCAAUCAUCAUCAUCAUCAUCAUCAUCAUCAUCAUCAUCAUCAUCAUCAUCAUCAUCAUCAUCAUCAUUCAUCAUCAUCAUCAUCAUCAUCAUCAUCAUCAUCAUCAUCAUCAUCAUCAUCAUCAUCAUCAUCAUCACAUCAUCAUCAUCAUCAUCAUCAUCAUCAUCAUCAUCAUCAUCAUCAUCAUCAUCAUCAUCAUCAUCAUCAUCAUCAUCAUCAUCAUCAUCAUCAUCACUCAUCAUCAUCAUCAUCAUCAUCAUCAUCAUCAUCAUCAUCAUCAUCAUCAUCAUCAUCAUCAUCAUCAUCAUCAUCAAUCAUCAUCAUCAAUCAUCAUCAUCAAUCAUCAUCAUCAUCAUCAUCAUCAUCCUCAUCAUCAUCAUCAUCAUCAUCAUCAUCAUCAUCAUCAUCAUCAUCAUCAUCAUCAUCAUCAUCAUCAUCAUCAUAUCAUCAUCAUCAUCAUCAUCAUCAUCAUCAUCAUCAUCAUCAUCAUCAUCAUCAUCAUCAUCAUCAUCAUCAUCAUCAUCAUCAUCAUCAUCAUCAUCAUCAUCAUCAUCAUCAUCAUCACAUCAUCAUCAUCAUCAUCAUCAUCAUCAUCAUCAUCAUCAUCAUCAUCAUCAUCAUCAUCAUCAUCAUCAUCAUCAUCAUCAUCAUCAUCAUCAUCAUCAUCAUCAUCAUCAUCAUCAUCAUCAUCAUCAUCAUCAUCAUCAAUCAUCAAUCAUCAUCAUCAAUCAUCAUCAUCAAUCAUCAUCAUCAAUCAUCAUCAUCAAUCAUCAUCAUCAAUCAUCAUCAUCAAUCAUCAUCAUCAAUCAUCAAUCAUCAUCAUCAUCAUCAUCAAUCAUCAUCAUCAAUCAUCAUCAUCAUCAUCAUCAUCAUCAUCAUCAUCAUCAAUCAUCAUCAUCAUCAUCAUCAUCAUCAUCAUCAUCAUCAUCAUCAUCAUCAUCAUCAUCAUCAUCAUCAUCAUCAAUCAUCAAUCAUCAUCAUCAUCAUCAUCAUCAUCAUCAAUCAUCAUCAUCAUCAUCAUCAUUCAUCAUCAUCAUCAUCAUCAUCAUCAUCAUCAUCAUCAUCCUCAUCAUCAUCAUCAUCAUCAUCAUCAUCAUCAUCAUCAUCAUCAUCAUCAUCAUCAUCAUCAUCAUCAUCAUCAUCAUCUCAUCAUCAUCAUCAUCAUCAUCAUCAUCAUCAUCAUCAUCCAUCAUCAUCAUCAUCAUCAUCAUCAUCAUCAUCAUCAUCAUCAUCAUCAUCAUCUCAUCAUCAUCAUCAUCAUCAUCAUCAUCAUCAUCAUCAUCAUCAUCAUCAUCAUCAUCAUCAUCAUCAUCAAUCAUCAUCAUCAUCAUCAUCAUCAUCAUCACAUCAUCAUCAUCAUCAUCAUCAUCAUCAUCAUCAUCAUCAUCAUCAUCAUCAUCAUCAUCAUCAUCAUCAUCAUCAUCAUCAUCAUCAUCAUCAUCAUCAUAUCAUCAUCAUCAUCAUCAUCAUCAUCAUCAUCAUCAUCAUCAUCAUCAUCAUCAUCAUCAUCAUCAUCAUCAUCAUCAUCAUCAUCAUCUUAUUCUAUUCAAACUAUAAUUCAGAUCUGGUUUGUUAG